AUUUGUAAAAUCUCUAAUCAACGCACCAAAUUCCAAGGUAUUACUCCUAUUAUUAGUAUGCCAUAUAAAAUACAGCCAACUUCCUUUACUCACAGAUUUUUUAAAAAGUAAAACAAAAAAAUAAGAUAUAUAUAAAAAGAAAAAGUAAAAAAAAUAAAAACCAAUUUAUAAGUAGCCCACACUUUGAUCAGAAAACGGCCUCGCUUCAAAACGAACAUCCCUCUUGUUUGUUCGUCAAAAGAAGCAAGCUUAAAACACCCUCUUUUAAGUCUUCUCAUAGGAGAGAGAAAAAUUCUAUUUCUGGGUACAUAUUUCACAGAUAUAAGGAAGAAAUUUAGUAAAAGCUUAGCUCAUUUACAAGAUUACUUUGUUUGCUUCCUGUAAGAAGAGAUCUACCUUCUAUUCUAUCCUUAAUCCCCAAAUCUUUGGCUUGUUCUUCAUCUUUGAUCAUAAUCAAAAAUGGGUUCUUCAAUAGGUUCAAUUCAUGAGCUAUAUCAUAGCAUGGAAAUUAAGGAUGAAAGACCAAUUGUAAUUAGAGUCAUUGAAGAUUCAAAGAAAAGAUCCUUGUCAUACCAUACUUACCAAGGUCUUGUUCUUAUUGUAACAUUUCUAGCAUACACAACAUAUCAUCUAACGCGAAAAACGUCGAGUAUAGUUAAGAGUGCCCUUGAUCCACAAUCACCUACAUCAUUAUCUUUAGACUUAAAAUCCUACCCAUGGCAAAGAAAUUACCUUAACUUAUCAAAAGAAAACUCGACUUUUUUGGGUUCGAGUAAUAGUGGAUGGGAACCCUUUAAUGGAAGCAAUGGAACGGCCUUGCUCGGUUACCUUGAUGUAGCAUUUCUUGCAGUAUAUGCUGUAGGAAUGUUCUUUUCAGGACAUCUUGGUGAUAGAAUGAAUUUGAGAGUGUUUUUAACAAUUGGAAUGGUGGGUACUGGCUUAUUUACAGCAUUAUUUGGAAUUGGGUAUUGGUUUAAUAUCCAUAAUUUUUACUACUAUUUGGUUGUACAAAUGCUUGCUGGUGUAUUCCAAUCUACGGGUUGGCCUUCAGUUGUUGCAGUAGUCGGGAAUUGGUUCGGUAAAGGAGGGAGGGGACUGAUUAUGGGGAUUUGGAACGCGCAUACAUCAGUAGGAAACAUUACUGGCUCUUUAGUCGCGUCUUCUUUGUUGAAGUAUGGAUGGGGAUGGUCAUUGGUUGUUCCUGGUGUGAUUAUCACGUUCUUCGGCUUGGUUGUUUUCUUCGCGUUACCCGUUAGUCCCUUAUCUGUCGGGAUGCAUAUGGGCGAUGAAGAAACCGAUUCUCCUAAGAAAGAUUACUACGCAGAACCAUUUAUGCCAUUGGAAACAAUCGAAGAAACACAUAAUGAGGAUCAGGAGGAGCAUGCUAUCGGUUUCAUUGAAGCAUGGAAGAUUCCUGGUGUUGCUACUUACGCUCUUUGCCUGUUCUUCGCGAAAUUGGUUGCUUACACUUUCCUGUAUUGGCUUCCCUUUUAUCUCAGUUACACAGAAAUCGGUGGAGAAUACCUCUCGAGUGAGACAGCAGGGAAUUUGUCAACGUUCUUCGACAUAGGAGGGGUGAUUGGAGGGAUUUUAGCUGGUUUUGUAUCAGACAAACUCGAUGCCAGAGCAAUAACAGCAGCUUCCUUCACAUAUUUCACCAUUCCAGCUCUGUACAUCUACAGAAACUAUGGGUUUUACAACAUCUAUAUGAACAUAGCCCUAAUGUUUCUAGCCGGGAUGUUUGUUAAUGGCCCAUAUGCGUUAAUUACAACAGCAGUAUCAGCCGAUCUAGGAACACAUAAAUCGUUGAAGGGCAACUCAAGGGCGCUUGCUACUGUCACCGCUAUCAUAGAUGGUACUGGCUCAAUCGGGGCAGCUGUUGGGCCUUUGCUAACAGGCUAUAUUUCAGCUUUCAGCUGGGAUGCAGUCUUUACGAUGCUUAUGACAGCAGCAUUGAUCGCGGGAUUACUACUCACUAAGCUUGUAAUCGAUGAAAUUCGUGGGAAAAUCGAUGGAUUCAGAUCUCCUAGAGGGUCAAGUGCUGAUGUUCUUGUAUGAAAAACACAUUAAAUCCAAAAAAAAAAACGAAAAAUUUCCCAAAACACAAAAAUAAUAUGGGAUAAAUUUUAUUUUUUUUGUUCUUUGUGUGAUGAUUUUGAGACCAAAAAAUUCAUGGGUCAGAAAUUCCUUCUUGGAAUCUCAUUAAGGAAAAAAAAAAAAAAGAUGUGCAUUUUUCUUUUUCCUUCCAUAAACUAUAUAUUUGGGAUUAUGGAGGGAAUUGCUAGCUUUUAUAUUGUAAAUUAUAUUUAUCACAUCUGUACAGAGUUCUUUGUUGUACGUGAACAUCGGCAUUCAGGAAGAUGUUUUAUUUCAUGAGACGAAAUUUUCGCUCAAUUUUUUUCAUAUAUAUAUUAUUUUCAGAUUGUUUGAA